AUGAAUAACUAUCGUAUAAAGGAUCCCACGCCUUUUGGUAAACAAUUUAUGGUUGAACAAUUUAACAAAGAGUUCCAGUUAGAUAUAACUUAUAAGUUUUUCAAAGAAAAACUUGAUACCAUUAAAAAAAAGUACAAGAAAUACAAAGAGCUUCUAAGUUCAACGGGUAUAUCGGUUGAUCCCAUUACAUCUGAAAUCGAUGCUUCUGAAUCAUGGUGGAAAGAUCGUGAAGUAAGUUCAAAAUUUAUUUCACACCAAAGAAGAGAAGAAAUGAGGAAUGAAGAAACAAAUGAAGAUAUGUUGUAUGAAGACACGAAUGGUGGUGAAAUGUCAGACGAUCAAGAUCCAGAAACACAACACAACGAAGAAAUUCCUGGUUCAAGAGUCCAACAAAGAGGCAGAGCAAGACGAGGAAGUACUUUACAAAGACCAUCGGUCAAAUCAGUUUUACAAGGGAGUGGUUCACGAGGAAGUAAGAAAAAACAAUCAUUUGAAACCACCCUAACAGAUACAAUGGCUGGAUUUAGGGAGUUCCAACGCCAAAGCUUACAACAGUUACGUCCAAAUUCCUUUGACCAAGAUGAUUACAAUGAUUUUGAUGUGGCUGUGAAGAUAUUUGAAUCGAUGGGACUUCCAAAUGACACCAAAUUUUACUGGGCGUGCAUCAACGAAUUCAGGGAAGAUACAUUCUGGCGUAAGUAUUUUAUUGAUAGAGCUGAAAACACUUUUGAAGAAAAGGUUCAGUUCUUACAAGCUUUAAGUGGAUUUACACGUGAUGAUCAGUACAUGGGGAAGCGUCAAUGGGGUACACCUCCAGCUGCUCAACAGUGGGGUACACCACCAGCUGCUCAACAAUGGGGUGCACCACCAAGUAUGCAACAAUGGGGUACACCUCCAACUUCUCAUCAAUGGGGUACACCACCAACUUCUAAUCAAUGGGGUACAACAUCGAAUGCUCAACAAUGGAGUUCACCAUCGGUGGCUCCACAAUGGGGUACAACUUCAACUACUCAACCAUGGAAUUCUCCACCAGUGGCUCCAUAAUGGGGUUCAUCAUCAAAUGAUCAACAAUGGAGUUCACCUCCAAAUAACGUGCAGUAUGGAUUUUCACUUGAAACUCAGACCAAAAGUACAAGAACUGAUGAAGAAAGAGUUGCAACUGAAACAUCACCUAGAAACAUAUCGCGCACACGUAAAUCAGGGGUAUUGUUCAAUAUUUGGGGCACCCAACGGGGGCCUAAUUUAAAUGAAACCCAUCAAACUGAUUCAGAAGAUAAAGCUUAAUACAAUAUUUUAUGAUUCUAGUAAUAUAGAUGUCUUCUUUUUAUUUGAGUUUUUGUAAUAUCAUUUACUUAUGUGUAAUCCAAUAAUGUCAUUUACUUUCAUAUUCAUCUAAUUUUUUUUAAUGAAAUUUAGGUUUUUCGUAUAUGCCAACUACGGUCCCAAGGAGUUCAGUUUCUAAAUUACGAAGAAAGAGUUGAGUUGUGGAAUUUGGAGAAUGAACAAUUUAAAGAGUUAAUUAUUCAACCGGCAUUGAGUUACUACAAUAGACAUUUUGUAAGAGGACCAGCCCAAACUGAUAAUGGAUUAGGGUG